AUGACGUGCAACGGUGAGUACAAAAAAAAAGAGCACUGUGACGACACAGACAGAAUCAGUCAGCGCUUGGUCCAUUUAGCGAAAGAACAAGGCUCGACCGAUAACAUCUCUGUGAUAGUGGUGUUUUUACGAGAACCCUCUAAAAUAGCAGCGGAAGCCCAUUGGGCGAACCGCAAUCUAGUUCCUGUAACCAUGGAGGCGAGCCUCGACAAUUCAAAUAACCCCUUCGGCAUGUCCAACGGCGCCAACACUGACAAUAUCAUCACGCAAAAAUCAGACGGCCUAUUAUUGAACCUUACGGACAACUAUAAACAAAACGGUACCGACUUACAAACUUCUGACUUCUUUUCAACCGAAAAGUCAAAUGGAAAACGAUCGGCCUCAGAUUUUGAUGACGAGGAUUUCGGACCUGAAACAGAUGUUGAUGCUUUAGACGAUCUUUUAUCACCAGGGCCUAAAGAAUCUAUUGCAAAGAACUUCUCGGACGCUUUUUCACCAUCUCCAAACAACAAUCUCUUAGGAGAUGAAGGUGUAUUUAACCCAUUCAUGGAACACCAAGAAAAAGCAGCACUCGAAAUGGAGAAGAGCUUGCGAAAACGAGAAAGCAGAGACGAAUUCGAAGAAGAUGAGAGAUUGGCAAGGGAAGAAACGCCUACUCCACCUGCAGAUGCCGGUAAGCCAGUUUUUGAUUUACGUUCUCAUCCCGGUAAGCGAGUUUUUGUUUUACGUUAUCAUACCGUUCACGAUGUUAGUGGGCUAGUGGAAAACCAAGCUGAUAGCGAAUCCGAAGACGAGUGGAAUUACUUCAAAGGCGACGAAGCGAAUAAAGAAAACGUUUCGCCGCAGCAAGAGAAAGAGGUUGCUGACAUCCCCGAAGAGGACGAUACAAUGUCUCAGCUGAACCCGAAUGCUGCAGAAUUUGUUCCUGUAUCACCGACGAGGAGUGUCCCAUCUCCCACCUGCCGCAUGCUAAUGAACGACCAAAUCGUAUCACAAUCGCCUUGCAAAGCGAAAGAUGUAGAUAUCAACGUGCCUAGUCCUAGAGAUUUCGAAAAGGAAGUGAAGUCCAGACCUAGUGAAGUCGAUACCAAUGGUCAUGAAAACAUGGAGAACAUCUUAAAUGGUAAAAAUAUCGACGAAAUCCCCGAGUUCCUUCCAGAAAACUCCACACCGAAAAAGGUUUUCCAAAACGAUGAAUUUCACUUUGGACCCAAUGCUGCUCCUUUUACUCCCAAACUUUUAGACCAAUCUGAAGCUUUGUCGACUAAGGCCGUUUAUGGCGAUGAAUCAACGGCCACUCUUGAGAGUACUUUUAAUAACUCAAACCAAGACUUGCAUAUGUUAAAUAAAGAAUCAGAUCCUAUGUCCAUGUCCUUCUAUGCAGAUAAGGGUGAAUCUAAUCCCUUCGAUUUAAAUAAAGUUCAACUACUACCUGAUAAUCUCGAUGAUUUCUUGAACAAACCUGAUAACGAUAAUUUCAAUGAAACCAUCUCGGAUUUACCUGAACACACACAUUUAGAUGAGCGCAAAAAUAACGAUGACGCAAUACAAAUUACGGAUUUAGAUAAACAAUCAUAUGAUGAUGAAAAAGAACUUGCCUCACCUUUAGAACCGGAAAGAGAACUAUUAACUACAGAGGAGACUGAUUUUGCCAAAACUCCUGAACCUACUCAUGAAAAUUUAUUGGGAGAAUUUUGUUGCAUACCCAAAAAAGAAGUACCAGCAGACCUACCGGCAGAUGUAGAACUUAUUUCACCCGUUCCAGCCGAAGCUAUUGAAGUUAGUGAUCUAUUAAAAUCUGAUGUAGUGACUUUGCCAGCUGACGUCGAGUUGGUACCGGCAGAUAUCUUAAAUAAAUCGUCUGCCCACGAUGAUUUGCCUAGUAAUGAGUCCCCAUCAACAGAUCCACUUUCUGAACCUAUUAGUCACAGUCCUCAACCGGCACUGGAGGAGUUUGCACGUGUAGAAUCAGCAGUAAGUGACGAUUUAGGCAUUUCUGAAAGGCCUAUUUCACCUGAUCUUCAAAAAGAACUGCUAGCAAGUCCUUUACCUGCAGCUCUUUCACCAGAACCACACAAAGAGACUCUUGCAAGUCCUUCUCCAAGUCCUCUUUCGCCAGAACCGCACAAAGAAGCUCUUAGUCCCUCUCCAAGUCCUCUUUCGCCAGAGCCGCACAAUGAAGCUCUUAGUCCUUCUCCAAGUCCUAUUUCGCCAGAACCGCAAAAAGAAGAUCUUGGAAAUCCUUCCCCUAGUCCGCUUUCUCCAGAACCACAACAAGGCACGCUUGAGCAUGCUUCUCCAAUUCCUCUAGUGCCAGAAACUCAAAAGGGAGACAUUGAAUUUUCUUCAGAACCGUUUAGUGGAGUACAAGCAGUUAGUGCUUCCCCAGUCCCGGCACUCAACAAAGAAGAUUUACAGGCAAGUUCUCCUCAUCCUCUAUCACCAGAACCUCAAGUACAUGACGUGGCUAGUUCAUCUCCAGUUCCUAAUUUGUUGCCUCCAUCUCCCAAACCUGUUUGUAGACUUCCACUAGAAUUAUAUCAAGGUUUGGAGGAAGCGAAAUCUCCCGAAUGUGAUAGUUCGCAUCCUGAACCAAAACCAGCUUCGCCACUACUAUAUACAGAAGCCAAAUCUCCCGAUUUCGGUAAAUCAGAGAAAAUUGAUUUGGCCAUUACUCCCGAACCAAUACCAGAACACUUCAAACUCGAUUAUCCUGUAGGUGAGUCAAAAUCUUCUGUUUGUGAUUUAUCAGAACCUAAAUCACCAAUACAAGAAGUAUUACUACACGCCGAUUCUACCGAAGAAAAAUUAUUAGACGAAGCCCAACAACGAUUCGAAGACUUAUGUCACCCUAUAGAAUCUCCUGAGGAUGUCACUUCUUCUGUUAAGGACGAUUUAUCAUCUCCAGUACAGGAUCUUCAGAGUAAAUCACCUGUUGGAGAUCAAGUAAUUGAUGAUAGUUUUGUUCAAGAAGCUGUUGUUGAAGUUCAUGCUUCCAAAGAAUCUGAGGAUCAGCAACCUCCUUUGAUAGAACCAGAAAUUAUAGAGCCAAUUGCUGCAAAUAUCACCGAUUUGCCGGAGUUGGUAAUGCCUCCUCCAAGAAUGUGUGUCUACCCAUUGAAGACACAAGAAAUUCCACUUGACGUAAAGACUGAAACUAUUUCUCCAGAAUUCGCCGAACCGACGAUAGUGACGCCGUCCGAAGAGAGUAAAGCGGACGAUUUGGUUUCAUCAACAUUAGAUGAAGCCGUCAAAGAACCGUCGACGGAAGAACAGAAAAUGGCAGAAGAGUUACAAAAAGAAAUGAUUGGUAUUGGUGUUGCUUCUGCAGUGGCUGCUGGAGCUGCUAUCACGGCUGUUGUAUCAGCAACAAAGGUGGAAGACAAGAAGAAGUCUCCAAGUGCUUCUGCUAAAAAGCCUGCAAGUCCUAAAACAACGACAGCCAACAAGAGUCCAGCUGUUGCUUCUAAAACUACAUCAAAACUGACCCCAGCGGCACCCAAGCAGACUACAAGUAGAACAUCCGCCACAAAGGCUACAACACCAAAAACUGGUUUGACUAAACCACCUGCGACUACUGCAUCCGCUCCCAAACCUAGUCCGAGAACCGCAUUAUCUAAACCACGAACAACACCUACAGCAACUGCAAAAACAGCUCCACCAAAACCGGCAGACAAAUUGGCAAAUGGUGAUGUCAAGAGUACAAUUAGGAGCACUUUACAUGUUAAAAAGACAGUUUCAGAAACAAAUGGCACCACAAAGACUUCAACUUCAAGGCCAGCUACCGCGUCUAAGGUAAGCUUGACUCAAAAACCGGCUGCCAAACCAGCUACUGCAGCUCCACCCUCUAAAACAACCAUUCCUUCACGUUCGGCACCAUUAACUACUAGAUCCGCUCCGACUGCAAAGAGACCGACGACUUUAACGAGCAAAACCACCACUUCAACCUUGUCUGCUGACAAAACGUCAACCACAACUAAGCCAAGCUUGACAAAGACUUCACCAAAAUCGACCAAUGUUCCUCCAAAGACGACCUCAACCUUGUCAAAACCAAGAGUUCCACUAACAAGAACUGUUGCCAAGGCACCUCCAGACACAGAAAAGCAAAUCAAAGAAAGCGCCAACAAAAUAACGGCCUCACGUUCCCUUACUAGCGCUAGAACUGUUGGAUCUGCUUCUACUGUGAGAAGUACCCUAGCUUCCACUCGCAGAGUUGAAAGCAAGGUCAGUAGCACACGAACGACAACUGUAACGAAAACGAGCACGACCACAAUGAAAUCGACCACAGCCAAAAAGCCAGCCGAACUAAUAAAAGGCCCCGUAACCAAAACCAAAACAACCAAAAUAGAAAAACCUAAAGAAAAUGGAAUCUCCACCGUAGUAACGGAAGAAAUAACCGUAGUCAAUAACACCAACGCCGUCAUUGACAACCAGAUCGAUAGUCAACCUGAAUUGAUGAAAGACAAUUCCCCGAUCGAUAACAAACUACUUAUUGAGACUCCUCAACUUGUUGAAACUAACGCAGACUGAAAGAGUAAUAAUUAAAAAAAACGGUUUAUUAUUAUUUACUUAGCUUAUAUUUAAUAUUACGAAAUAACUGUUAUAUUUAAAAUUUUUUAUAUACCUUUUAUGCCCCUUAUUAUAAACUGUUUUUCAUGGCGGUGUCAAGUAUGUGAAGCAUUUCUGAAAAAAUUCUGAUUUUUAUAUUGUGGUCCGGCUAAAAGAUAUAGAAUACUGCAAAAAUGGCGAUUUUUCUACUAUAAAUAAGUAAUUAUGAUGUUUAUGAUAGAAACCGAAAGUGGAGACAGUUAUUACAAUAAAUUAAUGUCAUAUAAUUGUUUUCAUACACCAUAUUCUUCACAAUAGGAUUAUUAAUUGAUAAAUUCGAGGUUAAAACCUGUGUUUUGUGAAUUUCUCUAUCAUUGUAUCCACGUGCAAUAGCUAUAUUUGUACAGUAGGAAAAAUGAAAGAAUACCCAUGAACGAACGUAUAAAACACGCUGUAUUUUCCUGUCACCGUGUCAUACAAAAAAUUGGCCAGCGCAAGUACAUGUAAUAAUUAUUAUUACAUGUACUUGCGCUGGGCAAUUUUCUUUGUGACACGGUGACAGGAAAAUACAGCGUGUUUUAUAUGUUCGUUCAUGGGUAUUCUUUCAUUUUUCCGACUGUAUGAUUCUUUGAUUUGAUUUGUAGCAGACUAUAAUAACAACAAUUUGCAAAGAUUGGGUGGAAAACAUUCAGAACAACAUGUGUCUUUUACCAUAUGACAUUGUAUGUUUUAAUAAAUUUGGAAGUAUACUGUGAGCAAAAUGAAAGAAAUGAUCAUCGUGAAGAUAGUUUUAUGGAAUUAACCAAACAAUCCAAGAUGUCUUCGGAAAAAUAAACUACUUAAACAAAUCGGUUAUUCGAAGAUCAACAAAGGAUUCGUUCAUUUUGCAGAGGAGUAUGUACCUUUAGCCUGGAUUAAAUCUAAUAUUUAUACAUUUUUAUAAAUCUUUUUUCGGAAAUACUUCACUAUGAAUGUUCUACCUUUAACUAAGUGUGUAUAGAGCUGUGGUAAUAAUUAGUAACGGAUAUAUUUAGAAAGGUGUGGAUACAUACAUACAAGAAGGACUUUUACUGUAACGAGAAAUAUUUUUAAGUUUAAUAUAUACAAAAAAAAUAUUAAUAUUAAACCAGUUGACCAUUAUAAUAUGUCAAUAAAUAUCUACAUAUAUAUCCUAAGUUGAGCUUUUUUACUGCUUAGGUGUGCUGAUGUGAUUGCUAUGCACUUCUCUGUAUAUAAUAAUGAAGUAUUUAAAGUUUAUUCGUAAAUUUUAUAAUUGGGUGCUAAAUUUUUAUUGUAGUGGAGCCGUGCAUUCGCGAUUAUUAUUUAUUUAUAUUUUAACACUUGCAAUAUUACAUGUACCGCGUAACAAUUCACAUGAUAUGCUCUUGAUUGCAUAAAAUAUCGCUGGUGGUAUUAUUAUUGAAUCAUCUUUGCAUUCUUCCUACUUAUUCACCAUCUUUCAUGCACUGGUAAUGUGCUUUUCAGACUCCAGUUAGGUUUGUUUACGGCUAUAUCUAGCAACGAGAGUCUGAAUGGCGUCAUGAAAGUUCAGAAGCUUUUUAUAGUAAAGAAAAAUGUACACAACGGAAAUAUACAGGGUGUUAGUAACUUUAAGGGCUAAUUCUACAUGCAAAAAUAAUGCCAUUUUGCUCGAUAAAUGUAUGUCCGCAAAUGCUUCGUUUCCGAGAUACGGGGUGUUGAAAUUUGUAUUUCAAAAUGCCAAUUUAUUUAUUGCUCUAAGACCGGUUGAGCUAUGAAAAUGAAAUUUGGUCUGUUUUAAGAGGUAGUUAUUGUGCAUUUUUUGACAUCCAAUUAGGAAUUUUGUAUUCAUCAUUGGCGCGCCUAGGGGUAGUGGUCUGAAUUUUUUUAAAGAAAAUAAUAGUACGCCACCGAGAUGUUUCGAAUUAAAAAUUAUUCUACGUCUAAUUUGUGAUAAAAAACCUUUCUUGUCUUUUUUUUCAUGUGGUGCACCGUUUUUUUGCAGAAAUAUAAAACAUCUUGACGCGUAUUUUUCAUUUUUUAAUAGAAAGACUAUAGAAUCAAGAACUAUCCAAUAUAAUAAUACUAAACUAGAACAAUAACAGAAAAUAUUACUAAUAAGAUUUUAACUAGGUGCAGAGCUACAACAAAUGUUAAAAAUGACCUCCUUUAGAGGUGACAGAAUAAUUUUAUAUUCAUCAUUGGCGUGCGUAUGGGUAAUGGUUUGAAUUUUUUAAAGAAAAAAUAGUACGCCACUGAUAUAAUGUCAAAUUAUAAAUCUUUUUUCAUAUGCGGCGCCGUUUUUAUGCAAAAAGAUAAAACAUCUUGGCGUUUACGAAGUAUUUGAACUAAGUUUCUAUAUAAUAUAUAUGGAAACUACCUCGUAUACUUUGUAAUCGUUAAGAUGUUUUAUUUUUUUGUAUCAAAACGGCGCCUCGCAUGAAAAAAGACAAGAAAGAUUUUUUGUCGGAAAUUGAAUGAGGAAUUCAAAAAUAAUUUUUAGUUUGACAUAUCUCAGUGGCGUACUAUUUUUUUUUUUAAUUCAGACUAUUACCCGUACUCGCGCCAAUGAUGAAUAUAAAAUUCUUCUGUUACCUGUAAAGGAGAUCAUUUUGAACAUUUUUCUUGUAGCUUUGCACCUAGUUAAAAUUUUAUUAGUAAUAUUUUCUGCUAUUGUUUUAGUUUAGUAUUAUUAUAUUAGAUAGUUCUUGAUAAUGUAUUAAAAAAAUGAAAAAUGCACGUCAAGAUGUUUUAUUUUUCUGCAUAAAAACGGUGUACCAUAUGAAAAAAAGACUUUUUAUCAGAGGAAAGGCUUUUUUAUUUAAAAGAGAAAGGCUUUUUAUCACAAAUUAGACGUAGAAUACAAAAAUAAUUUUUAAUUCGAAAUAUCUCAGUGGCGUACUAUUUUUUUUUCUUUCAAACAACUCAGACUAUUACCCGUAUGCGCGCCGCCAAUGAUGAUUACAAAAUUCUUAAUUGUAUGUCAAAAAAUGCAUAAUAACUACCUCUUAAAACGCACCAAAUUUCAUUUUCAUAGCUCAACCGGUCUUAGAGUAAUAAAUAAAUUGGCAAUUUGAAAUAAAAAUUUCAACACCCCGUAUCUCGGAAACGAAGUAUUUGCGGACAUAUGUUUAUAGAACAGACUGUUAUUAUUUUUUCAUGUAGAAUUACCACUUAAAUUUUUCAUACUUAUUUACUAACACCCUGUAUAAGUGAAGCUUCUAAGCACUGCGGUUGUUAACAUCUUCUCUGCAUCUGGAUGUUCAGUUCUCUGCACUUUCGAGUCAUACUACAAGUCAGCAAUACAUGAAUUUGUCUUAAACGAUAUUUCUUUUAUGAAUGUUUCUGUUAAAUUGUAAACGUAGUUUUAUAAGUAUUUUUAUUGCUUUAUUUAUUGAUGUUUAUCUGCUUUUUUUCGAUUCGUACUUACGUUUACCUGUUUAGAAGUCUUAUUUCGUUCGUUGUGAAGCAAUAACUUUUCGAGCAAUAUAUAUAUUUGUUCUUUCUGUGCCUUUUUAUGCGCGUUUUGGUUGUUUUAUACGUGUUUGAGGUUGCUUCUGUUGUACGGCUCCACGAAUUGGCCUUUUAUAAAAUACGUUGCAAAAUUAUUGAGAUACUUAACCAUUUUAUACGUUUUAAUAUAAUAUACCUUUUAUCCUUUUUAACUUUCUCAACGUUUUUUAGUACUUUUAAACUGUAGUAAUUUUUGAGAUGGAAGGAAAUUAACAGUUUCACUGAUUAUUAUAUUAGUAAUUAGCUAUUUUUUUAUACUUAAGAUAUUGUUUUAAUGUUGAAAUUUUAUUAUUGCGUUUGUCCUUUAGUUUGCUAAUUUUAUUUAUUUUUUUUGUGAAUUAUAAUACUUUUCAGCACAAAAUAAAACCCAUAAAAGGACA